CUUCACUACCAGCAUGGAGCACCGAGCUCCCACCGGCGGCCUCCCCGCUUUCAUUCAGGCCUAAAGCGGGAAUGAGCCAUUGAGGGAGCGAGGGAUCCGCACAUCCACCCCCGGGAGAUCUGGGGGAGCAGCGCUGACAUCAUGGCCCAGGAGAAGAUGGAGCUGGACGUGGUGGAGAUGCCUGGGGAUGGAAGUCUGAGGAGAUCCAACAGCGCCCCCCAUAUUAACGGACUCAGUGAUCACUCUCAGGUGUUUCAGCCGUACGGAUCCAGAGCGCGCAGGAACAGCACUACUGUAGUCAAUCGCCAGAGUCUGAUCCCAUCAUCCUCUCCUAUCCGUAUACCGAGCAGCAAAUUGUAUCAACUUAAAAGGGAGGAAGGUGUGGACUUAAUGAAUCGUGAGACGGCCCGUGAGCGGGAGAUCCAGACUGCGAUGCAGAUGAGCCUGUCUUGGGAGGAGAGCUUCAGCCUGAGUGAUAAUGAUCUUGAUAAAUUGGAUAAAUAUUCUUCCCCAAAGCGCAUAGAUUUUGUUCCAGUGUCACCAGCUCCCUCACCCACCAGAGGAAUUGGGAAGCAAUGCUUUUCUCCAUCUCUGCAAAUGUUUGUGAGCAGUAACGGCUUGCCUCCGAGCCCUAUCCCCAGCCCUACCAGACGAUUCACCACCAGAAGGAGUCAGAGUCCUAAUUGUAUCCGUCCAAGUGUCCUUGGCCCCAUAAAGAGGAAAAAUGAAAUGGAAAUAGAAAGUCAACCAAAGAGACUGUUUCAAGGAACAACGAACAUGCUUUCUCCUGACGUCACUCAUCUGUCUGAUUUUAGUUGCUUUUCCUCGGACCUUGACAGCAGCAGCAGCAUCGGCUCCUCGUCUGACUCUGCAGCUAAGGAAAGCUGUGUGACCGACUCCCCCGCCGCCUGUUCCAACUCCUGCUCGUCAUUCAUAUCACUGGAUGAUCUGUCACCCAAGUGAAGUGACAAAAGGCCAGGCCACCGUGUCCCUGACCCUUUAUAUUUAAAGACUGUGGGAGAAAGUAACCCUGUGUAAUUUUUUUCCUAUGUUAUUUUUGUAUGUGUAUAUUUUCUAAUCUUCCCUCCGGCCUGAAGGACUCUCAAACAAUGGAGUGGAAGGGUUGUAAUUUGUGUACAGAAGGCUAUGUACAGUACAAUGCCGUUUGCUGCUUGUUCCAGGUAUUUAGCAAAAGGCUAAAUUAUUGCUCUGUUUUUAUUUAUUGUUUUCUGAAGAAAUUCUAUAAUUGCAGAUGGAGAAUGUUAUU